AUGUCAUCAAAAGUUGUUCGCAGCGUUGCACUUGGAGGUGCCUCAGGUAGUCUUGGUGCCGAGAUACUUACCGCUCUUCUUCAGGCCAAGUUUAUGGUCACCGCCAUUGUCCGGAAGGAAGGGCAAACGUUCCCUGCGGGGGUUGACGUUAAGGUCGUCAACACUGAUUCUGUUGCUGAAAUAGCUGUUGCUCUUCACGGUCAAGACGCGUUCGUUGAUGCAACGUCAGGUGUAGAUCCUACCCUCCAGGGACGCUUCAUUGAGGCAGCUGUAUCGUCUGGAGUGUAUCGUAUUGUCAUGGGAGAAUUCAGUGUCGAUCCUCAAAAUUCUGAGGCACGUUCUCCGCUAGUCUUCCAAGGCAAGAACAAAUCGUUUGAGCAAAUCAAAGAGCUUGCGCACGAAGGAAGCAUAACCUAUACUACCAUCUCAAACGGCGCUUUCUUGGAUUGGAAUCUGCGGACCGGUUUUGUCAAAAUCGACAUCUACAACAAAAGGAUCCAGUACCUGAACGAUGGUCUGCUUCCAUUCGCUUGGACACAACUUUCGUCUGUUGGCGCUGCGGUCGCCAAAUCGCUGGAAAUUUCUCAACAGACGGAAAAUCGUUCACUCUGUAUUUCCAACAUAAUCAAAAGUCAACGGGAGAUGGCGGAUCUAGCCAAAAGAGCUUUGGGAGAGGAUGGAUGGGAGGAAGAAACACUGGACAUGGAUCAGAAGCUGAAAGAGGCAACUGCAGACAUGAUGGCUGGCAAGGUGGACAUGGAUGUUAUUGGUAACAUGAUCUUGUGGUCGACUGGGACCAUUCCUUCCCAACGCUUUGAGCUCUCUGGCGACAACGAACUCUUGGGCGUGGAUAGAAUGACGGACGAAGAUGUGUGUAAUCUCAUUCGCAAGAUUGCCGCAGAAAAGUAG